AUUUUUAAUAAUGUUAAUAUUUUAUGUACCGUUAAAUAUUCAGAUAGCAUAAAAUAGACACAUACUAUUUUCUUGUCUUUAGUUAUCAACGUACAAAACAUUAUCUUAAUUUAUGAUUGUAAAGUACAUAACAAUCUUAUCAAGGAUAUAUAACAAAGCAGGUUCAAAUCAAAAUUCUUCAGUCAUAUAAAAGAGUACUGUUUGUAACAUUUAAAUGAUUUAGUUCAAUUAUGUGUAUCUUAUUUAUUUAUCGCAAUCCUAAUGCUAAUUCUGAAUCCUAUCGAUUAAUUGUGGCCACAAACCGUGAUGAAUUUCUUAAACGUCCAGCAUUGCCUGCUCAUUAUUGGAAAAAUCACCCAGAAUGUUUAGGAGGUACUGAUAUGGAACCUGGAAAAGAAGGAGGAACUUGGUUAGCAUUAUCUAUGACAGGAAAAGCUGGUGUUAUUUUAAAUUUAUCUAACGAGGAAAGUUUAACAAAUAAUCCUAAACAGGGACGAGGAGCUUUAAUACCUAAUUUUGUUACUUCAAAUGAUUCUGCAAGCUCAUAUUUAGAUAAAUUGUACAACGAAAAUAAGAAUGGUUCACUGUAUAAUCCAUUUCUUUUAAUUUUAAUUAAUUUAUACAAUGCAAAUGUUCACUGUCUCAGUAGUUCUAUUAAUUCAAUAGGACCUUCUCUAGCAGAAGAUAGUAUUCUAGGGUUUAGUAACAGUGGCCUUGGUGUUCCUUAUAAGAAAGUUGAAGUAGGAAAAGAAAAAUUUAAAAGUAUUGUUAACAAUGCUAAUGUGUCAAAACAAACACAUUUGAUUGAGGGUCUUUUAAAAUUUUUGAAAUCAAAAGAAAAGCAUUUACCUGAUCCAGAGUUGCAAAAACGACAUUUAUCACGAUAUAAAGAACUAAGUUCAAUUUUUGUGUCUGCUGGUGAAUAUUCAACUCGAACUCAUUCUAUAUUACUAGUUAAUGGAAAAAAUGAAGUAACAUUUGUUGAAGAAACACUUAUGCCAGACUUAACAUGGAAGCGCCAAAUAUUCAAUAACAAUUUAAUGUGAAAAAAUAAAUAGAAGUAUUAAAAUACUAAACAUAUAUAUAUAUAUAAUUUAAUUUUAAAUUGAUUGUAUUAAUGGUUUAAAGA